CCCCGCUUGUCCAAGGUACCAAGGUAAGGUACCUUAGGUGACAGAGAAAUUGGCCGGUCUUUUAAGCAUCGAGCCUGGGAAAAGCGGCCAAUUUUGGGUGGUACCUGACAAAAGUAGGUACCUUCCAAUUCCAACCCGUAUGGUAUUAGGUAGGUAGGUACCUUACUCCGUCCUGCGGCAGGCACCUCAGGUGGUGAGCUUGUUCCUGACUUGACCUGACUUGACCUGACUGGAAAGAGUUGAUGCCGGACCAGGCGGCGUAUAAGAAGGCGCCGACGGAUUGGGCGCCUUCCAUCCGGAGUCAAAUUCCACGUCACCUUUGUUGCUCGGCCCAGCUUGUUCAUUCCCAUCUUCUUAUUUAUUCUCCUGCCAAUUUACAAAGAAGAGAAGAAGGUGGCUUACCUGAAACAAAGUUUGUGCCUGCUUUGAAUAACCACUUUGGCUUGACGGCAUUUCACCUUUGCGAACCGGGCCUACCUACCUACACUCAGUGUACGCAUCUCACCUCUGCGGAUCCGUUGACAUUUUGUCUCCGUUGCAACCCCUCCGACCACCGACCCAAGGACAUAAAACACCGAGUAGUUCUUCAGCCAACUUUCGUCGCAGCAUCUCCCAAACACAUUCGCACAACACAUCACAUAACAAUGGCUGCUCCUGCGACAAAGACGAUCGCCGACCUCAACGGCAAGUGGGUCAUGAACAAGACCCUCUCCGAUUCUCCGGAGCCCGCUCUCGCCCUCCAGGGCAUCGGCUGGAUGACCCGCAAGGCUGUCGGCCUCGCCACUGUCACCCUCGACGUCAAGCAGUACACCGCUCCUCCCUCCCCUCCUGGCUCCGGCACUGAGCCCGUCACCCACUUCGAUAUUGACCAGUUCGCCACCGCCGGCCUCAAGGGCACCACGGAGAAGCGCUGUGUCGACAACGAGUGGCGUGAGCAUUCCGACUGGAUGUUUGGCAGCGUCCGUGGCCAGAGUCGCUGGAUGACCCUCGCCGAGAUUGAGGAUGAGUUCCUCAAGAAGGGCUGGCUCGAGGGCGAUGCCGAGGCUACCGGUCCCGAUGGCAAGGCCCACCUCUACAGCCACGUCGAGAGCAUCGACAAUGGCUGGACCGCCUCCCAGAUCUGGGGUUUCCAGACCGUCGAGGGCGAGAGACGCUACACGCGUAACGUUCUCGUUCAAAAGGGCGGCAAGAGAGUCGAGAUUCGCCUCGUCUACGACUACCUUCCUUAAUUCUUGACGCACGUGGCGUUUUCUGGGAAUUCCUUACAUUGAGGUUGGAUGACGGGACUUAUUCUACUACACACGAAGCAUGGCUACUACACGCGCUUGCAGGGCGCAUAAUGACGUUACGCUCUUAGGUUAUGAGAUGUAGCACGACGAAGAGUAGACUUUGAGAGCAUGAAUAUCAACUGGACCCGUCUGAAAA